ACACACACACACACACACACACACACACACACACUGCAAAAAGGAAAAACAGCGUCAGGGCAGAAGCGUUGAGGUGGGCUUUUCUGCUUUCUCGUGCUUGACUAUUAUUGAUCCGCAGUGAUCAAGCAGAUCCGAGUCAUCUGCAGCUCCUCAGCGAAGUCCAAACACACACAGAGAAUCAGACUCUACGGCUUUUAUGUGGAAUUUGAGUUGCAAAUCGCCGCUGCGGUUUGUUAUCGAGUCGACUUUAGCAGCAUUUGCCUACAACAUCCAAAACUACAAUGUCGCAUGUAGAUUCAGAGACGACAAAUGACUCGCAGAAGAUUACCGAACCAGCGCAGGACAGUUCGUCUGGAGAAAUGGACGUCCCGAAGACCAAAUUGUUCGACGCCAAGGCGAUCUUGUGGACUUUUGGGAAAUGUCUCACCGCCUUGUUGCCCGUGUACCUGGCCGGGUACUAUCGGAUGAGCACCAGUUUGGUGGUGUUUGGGAUGAUGGUUUACGCAGGAUGGAAACACACGCGUGAGGCGAAGGAGGCGAGACUGAGGUCUGCCAUACAGCUAGUAAACGACGAGCAAGAAUAUGUGUCCUCCAAAUCAUUUAGAAGUAAAAGAGACCUGCCUUCUUGGGUCAACUUCCCAGAUGUGGAGAAGGUUGAAUGGCUAAACAAGGUUAUCCACCAGGCCUGGCCAUUUAUUGGUCAGUAUUUGGAGAAGCUGCUGACGGAGACCAUUGCUCCGGCCAUCCGUGGCUCCAGUGCUCAUCUGCAGACCCUCAGCUUCACCAAGAUAGACUUCGGUGGUAAGCCAAUGAAAGUGGUCGGCGUGAAGGCUCAUACAGAAAACGAUAAAGGUCAAAUUCUGCUUGACGUUUACAUCAGUUAUGUUGGGGAUGUGGAGAUAAACGUGGAGGUGAAGAGAUACUUCUGCAAAGCUGGUGUGAAGGGAAUACAGCUUCAUGGAAUGAUGCGUGUGAUUUUGGAGCCGCUGAUCAGCGACGUCCCAAUAGUAGGAGCUGUGACCAUGUUCUUCAUCCAGAGACCUAAACUGACCAUUAACUGGACCGGUCUGACCAACCUGCUGGACAUUCCAGGACUCAAUGUGAUGUCUGACACCAUGAUCAUGGAUGCGAUUGCUUCAUUCCUGGUGUUGCCCAAUCGCCUGACAGUUCCUCUGGUGGCAGACCUGCCUGUGGCACAGCUGCGGUGCCCUUUGCCCAGGGGAGUUGUGCGUAUUCACCUGCUGGAGGCUGAUAAUCUAGCUGCGAAGGAUAAUUAUGUAAAGGGUGUGAUGGCCGGCAUGUCUGACCCGUACGCCAUUGUCCGAGUCGGACCACAAACCUUCAAAUCCCAUCACCUGGACAACACGCUCAGUCCCAAAUGGGGUGAAGUGUAUGAGGUUGUCGUUCAUGAGGUGCCUGGUCAGGAGCUAGAGGUGGAAGUGUUUGAUAAAGAUCCCGAUCAUGAUGAUUUCCUGGGCAGGACUAAAUUAGACUUGGGGAUUGUGAAGAAAUCUAAAAUAGUUGAUGAGUGGUUCAACCUGAAGGACACUCAAACAGGACGAGUUCACCUCAAACUGGAGUGGCUGACGCUUGAAACUCACACAGAAAGACUGAAAGAGGUUUUGAAGCGAAAUGAAAGUGUGGUGAGUAAAGCUGCAGAGCCGCCCUCAGCCGCCAUCUUGGCAGUGUAUUUGGACAAGGCUGAGGCACUUCCUAUGAAGAAAGGCAAUAAGGAUCCCAAUCCGAUAGUUCAAAUCUCAGUGCAAAAUGCUACUCGUGACAGCCGGAUUUGCUGGAAUACUGUAAAUCCCCAGUGGGAGGACGCUUUUACUUUCUUCAUCAGAGAUCCAAACAAUCAGGACAUUAGUGUACAGGUGAAGGAUAAUGACCGUGUUCAGCUUUUGGGGAAAAUGUCUAUUCCUGCAUCCCGUCUCCUCUCUCAUCCCGAUCUGUCUAUGGAUGAAUGGUAUAAUCUGGAGAAUUCUGGCCCAAAGAGUCGCAUUCACAUCAACACAGUGCUCAGGGUUCUCUGGUUGGAUGAAGCCGCUGUAACUGCGUCGCUCCUCUCUAGUGGACCUCUUUCAAAGAGCUCACGGCCAGAGAAAACCACUCCCCACUCCAGCUUCGCCACCGAGGGGCUGCUGCGGAUCCACUUGGUCGAGGGUCAGAAUCUGGUGGCUAAAGACAAUCUGAUGGGUGGGAUGGUGAAGGGGAAAAGCGACCCAUAUGUCAAGAUCCAAAUCGGAGGUGAAACCUUCAAAAGUCACGUGAUCAAGGAGAACCUCAACCCCACCUGGAAUGAGAUGUAUGAGGUGGUUUUGACGGAGCUUCCGGGUCAAGAGCUCACGUUAGAAGUUUUUGAUAAGGACAUGGAUAUGAAAGAUGACUUUAUGGGCAGGCUGAAGAUGAGUCUGAGUGACAUCAUCAGCUCUCAGUACAUUAAUGAGUGGUUUUCUCUGAGCGAUGUAAAGCGUGGUCGUGUUCACCUCGCUCUGGAGUGGCUUCCCACUGUAACUAAACCAGAGAAACUACAGCAGGUGCUGCAUUUCCAGUCAAAGAGCUCAUUUCUGAAUAAGGCAGUGCCGUCUGCAGCUCUCCUGUUUGUGUAUGUGGAGCAAGCAUAUGAGCUUCCUCUCAAGAAGAGCGGGAAGGAGCCUAAAGUUGGAGCUGAGCUGGUCUUAGGAGGAACAUCUCGAAAAACAACGGUGUGUGAUCGCACCAGCACUCCUAAAUGGGAUGAAGCGUUUUACUUUCUGGUUCGAGACCCUUUGAAUGAAGACCUUAUUGUGAAGUUGUCCCAUAACUGGGAUUUUUCCGUGGGGUCUGUGGUGAUUCCUAUCAAAGAGCUUCUCUCUGAGCCGGAUCUGCUGCUGGACCAGUGGCUGGAUCUGGACGGAGCUUCACCUCAGAGUCAGAUUCUGCUCAGAGCUCAGCUGAAAAUUCUUUGCCCUAAAAAGAUGGAGAGCUCAGAGGAGCAGCAUGAGGAGCCCAAACAUCAUGAAGAGUCCAGCAUCAGAAGAAAACAACAAGAGGAGCUCAUGCAGAAGUCUAGUAUUGAGGAGGUUCCUCCAUCUCCCGUCAGCAGGACGUCCUCAGUUUCUGUCCCAGAAGAAGAGGAGGCACCAGAGGUCACACAAGUCUCCAGUUCAGAUGACCUUCGACCCCUGCACACCAGCCCUGACCCCAGCUUUGGUACAGAGGGUGUUCUGCGGCUCAUCCUGCUGGAGGCUCAAGAUCUGGUGGCGAAGGAUGGUCUGAUGGGUGGGAUGGUGAAGGGGAAAAGUGACCCGUAUGUUAAGAUCCACAUCGGUGACACAACAUUUAAGAGUCACGUAAUCAAGGAGAACCUCAACCCCACCUGGAAUGAGAUGUAUGAGCUGGUUCUGACCUCCAGCUCCUCUUCUGAAGUGCUCGUAGAGGUUUUCGACAAGGAUAUGGACAAAGAUGACUUUUUAGGGAGGAUGAAGAUCAGUCUACAGGAGAUCAUUCAGUCUCAGAUCACUGACAGAUGGUUUUCUCUGAGUGACGUCAAACAUGGUCGUGUUCAUUUGAUUCUGGAGUGGCUGAACACAGUGACAAAACCUGACCCACUGCAAAAGGCUGUGCAGUUACAGUCAGAUCAUUCAUACCUGAACAAAAGUGUGCCAUCGGCUGCUCUGUUCUUCAUCCUCCUGGAAAGAGCUCAUAAUCUGCCUCUGAAGAAGAGUGGAAAAGAGCCUAAAGCUGCUGCAGAGCUGGUGUUAGGAGACAUCACUCACAAAACUAAGGUGUGUGAGAGAUCCAUGUCUCCUCAGUGGAGCGAAGCUUUUCACUUCCUGGUUCACAAACCUACUGAGGAGAUUCUUAUUAUCAAGCUUUCCAGUGCAUUCGAGCAGCCGCUGGGCUCUCUGGUUCUGCCAAUCAGAGAGCUGCUUUCUAAAACAGACCUGCUGAUGGACCAAUGGCUGAGUCUGGAUGGAGCAGCUGCUGACAGUCAGAUUCUUCUCAGAGCUCAACUCAAGAUUUUGGACUCAAGGCUGGAUUUGAGUGUUUUUCAUCGUCAGAAGCCCGUUGUUGAAGAUCAUUCAACAGGAGAAGAGCAUGAAGAAAAAGGCCCAGCUACUGCUGAACAUUCACCCGCUGCAGUCAGUAAAGAGUCGGAGAAGAAAACACUGCCAGCAAAGCAAAGCAGGUUGAGUGAACUUGCAGCAUCUACUUUUCCAGUCCCUUUAUCACUGCCUGAAGAACAUCAGAAACAAACAACUCACGCCAUUGAGGAGCAACACACACCUUCGACACCUAAAACACACAUGCCGACUGAGGAUCUCAGUAAAGCGCCUGACUCCACUACUAAUAUUGCUGAACAUAAGGAAUCAGCCCAUAAAGAUCCACAACACCUGGAUAAAGCAACAGAACCGUCUCACAAGAGUAGUUCUCCCAGUGUUCCUGCUGAGGAGACUAAAGUUACCAGUUCUACAGACACUCGACCCCAAAAGACGAGCCACAACUCCAACUUUGGCACCAAGGGGCUGCUGCGGCUCCACCUGCUGGAGGCUCAGGAUCUGGUGGCGAAGGAUGGUCUGAUGGGUGGGAUGAUGAAGGGGAAAAGUGACCCCUAUGUCAAGAUCCACAUCGGAGACACAACAUUUAAGAGUCACGUGAUCAAGGAAAACCUCAACCCCACCUGGAAUGAGAUGUAUGAGCUGAUUCUGAGUCCUGAUCCUAAUCUAGAGGUGAAGUUCGAGGUCUAUGAUAAAGAUGUUGAUUCUGAUGAUUUUCUUGGAAGAUUUAAGCUCAGACUUGGAGACAUCAUCAAAUCUCAGUACAAUGAUGAGUGGUUUACAUUGAAUGAUAUCAAACAUGGCCGUGUGCAUCUGGUUGUGGAGUGGCUGCCCACCGUCACCCAGCGGGACAAACUGGAGCAGGUUAUGCAGAUGCAGAGCUCGCAGUCCUACCAGAACAAGAGUGUGGCUUCAGCAGCGCUGCUCUUCAUUCUGUUAGACAGAGCUCAUCAGCUGCCCCUGAAGAAAAGUGGAAAGGAACCCAAAGCUGCAGCUGAACUUACACUUGGAGGAACGUCUUAUAAAUCCAAGGUGUGUGAACGUUCAUCUUCUCCUCACUGGAAUGAAACUUUUGACUUUCUGGUUCACGACCCCAAAAAGGACGUGCUGGUGAUCAAGCUCUCGAGUGCCUGGGAUCAACCAAUGGGCUCUUUGGUUCUGCCAAUCAGAGAGCUGCUUUUAAAACCAGAUCUUCUGCUGGACCAAUGGCUGAGCCUGGAUGGAGCUUCAGCACAGAGUCAGAUUCUGCUCAGAGCUCAGCUGAAGAUCUUGGAUUCCAAAAUGGCGGCUUUAGUGGCGAUGGGUUCAGGUCCGGUUUUGAGUAACAAGCAAACGGCCACAACAGGACAAAUCCAGCUCUCCAUGUCCUUCCAGAAGAAGCUGACGCUGCUCGUCCACAACUGCAGGGGUCUGGUCACAUCAUCUAAGGACAGCUUAGACACUUACGUCUCCAUCAUUCUGCUGCCAGAUAAAAGCAAGGCCACCAAGAGAAAGACCAGUGUGAAGAAGAAAACCCUCAAUCCAGAGUUCAAUGAAAAGUUUGAGUUUGAUAUGAGUAUGGAAGAGGUUCAGAGACGAGAGCUCAGUGUGUGUGUGAAAAACGCUUCCUCGUCCUUCAUGAACCGAGACAAAGACGUGAUCGGCCAGGUGCAAAUAGACCUGGGACACAUUGAUUUAAUCUCUGGAGUCACACAAUGGUUUGAUCUCAAAGAAGAGCAGAACUGAAGUGCACUUCAUCAGGUCAACAUCGCUGACAAUAAUCAUCAUUUUAUCCUUAUAUCUAUUCAUCAACAUGUUUUUUUUCAGAGUGAAAAAUGAUCUUUGUGGAUUGAGCAUAAUGCUGCGUUGACAAAUGACGAGUAUUAUAUCUGAAGUGAAAUAUGAAUGUGUCAGUGUGUGAAUGUUGAGCAGGUUUCUGGAAAGAGUCUGGUCUUCCUGUGCAGGUUGCAGGACUUUUGCAUUUGUGUUUACAUUUAAAAGGAAAAAAAAGCAUUUGUUUGUUUAAAGUGGGAUUUCGUCUUGUUUUUAAUCAAAGAAAUAUUGUUUUAUUGAUCGUACGCACAAACAGUAGUAGGUAUUGUCUGAAUAUACACUUAUGAAGAAUUAUGAGUGACCGGAUUUUUGUGCACCCCAAAUAUAGUGUUUAAUGCCGAGUUCAGACUACACGAUUUUUGUGUCGGGUGUUUUCACACUGCUUGACUAUCUGGGCUUGUGUUUCACCGCUGCUUUGUUUACACUGCCAGAUGGAUCGGCGACAGGGGCUUUCACACCUCAUGACUUUACAAUAGGAAGAAUCACCCACAACUUUGUCUUGGUCCACAAACUACGUCUCACAACCAAACACGCAAGAAGUGACAAGGAAACAACGCAAGGCACGUAGUACAUCUAUUGUUAUUAACUAUAUAAUGAGAAAGAAGCCUUUAGUGGGGUAAUUGUUAAUUGUGGGGUAAUUAAUUGUUAAUAUCUCUGUGAGAUAACUCAUAAAUUAACAAUUUAGUGAUUAACAAUCUCUCCUCAACUUUUUUCUUUUACAUCUGAUUGUGAUUUUGCCCAGAUGACACGUCAAACAGACAUGGGUGCUCCUGCCAAAUUUACACUAGUUUUUCUUACGUUUCUUGGGUCCAAAUGGACUGAAAGAAGCCCUUUUAACUUCUCCCCCAACCUCCUGCUGGCCUGCAGAUACCCACACUAGUGUAUGCUGCUCUCUCAUAUGGUGUAGGUAAUCGCUGAUGUUAUUUUCAAUCAAAACACACUUCACAGACAUGAUUUGAAUCGCCGACAGCGCCAGAUAUUUAGCAAGCCAAAUAUCUCUCGGGCAUCGGCGACUCAUCAGCGAUUCUCUCAGAUCGCGUCUUUGAUAGCUCAUGCUGUGUGAUUGUCACUCACGUGAACGAGCACAGAUUUUUCUGAUUUCUCGAAAUCAGGGCUGAAAUCUCGCAGUCUGAACUUGGCAAAAAAGUAUGACAUGACCACCUGAAACUAUUUCAGAUGUCGUAUGCCGUCACUGCUGCGCUUAACAUAGUUUUGCAGAUUGUCUACACAUGUGACUUGAGCUUCUGUUUUCACUGCCGUAUAUAUGUAUAUGAUAUGUAGAAACGCACUCUUUAUGUGUCAAAACUACAACGGUGAUGCUUUUGUUACAUUUUAGGCCUUAAAAUGUCAUUUGUAUUAUUUUUUUUUAACUGUCAUUUAUGUUGCCAAAAAGCACUGGUCUAUAUAUGGAAAAUCCUUAAUGCUUUAUGGAGAUUUGUUCAUUUGUAAUGUUUCACAGCCAUCUGUAUUUAAAAUGAGAUCAUUUCUCAAACGUGUCUAUGCACAAAAACCAAGCAUAUGCCUCCCUUCAGGAUAUAAAAUCUGUUAAUCACAGAAAAUGUUGACAUUUUUCAUCUAAUAUGGUUUCAGACCUUUAAACACCCUCUAAAUCACUUUAGCAUAUAAAAUAUUUAAAAUAAUAAAGGUUUAUAUGUUUUACUUGAAAGUGGCAUGUAAGAUUUUCAAACAUUUGGACUCUAAAAAAGGCAUCUUUUCCACAAGUUAUUAAGCUGUUUUGAAAAUGAGCGUAGAUCUGACCCCACAUCUGUGCAAAGCAGGUUUUAUAAAUGCUCUGUUUUGAGUUUCAGAACUGCAUUCAAUGCUUUAUUUUUCCCCUGUUUGUCUGUCUGGAGACGUCUUUACUCUAAGGAUCGGUAUCUAACUUAUCUAGUCAUAUUUACAAGAUUAUUGUAGUAAUACUGAACCAUGAAUGGCUGAUUAAUAACAAACUGUCAACGUCAUGAAGCUUCAUUAAAGAGUGGGAGUCUCCUUCACAUGUAGACCAAAAGAUAAGAGUUUUUUUUUCCCCAACUACCAUUCAUAAUUUGGAGGCAGAAUAAUUUAUUUCGCCAGAAAGAGGCACUUUUAGGUAGGAAGUGAUAAUUAAAAUAACAUAAUACACUAAAAUGAGUUUUAUUUCAAACAAACGCCUUUAUUUUGGCCAGCUCCAACUUUUGAAUGGUAAAUUUUUCCACAUCAAAUGAUUUGAGUUUAUUGUGUUGCAUUCCACUUGUGUUAUAUGUGCAUGUUACACUCAUUUCACCAGUUUUAUAUUUUACAUUGAUGCACUGUAAUAUGUAAGAUUUGUGUGCGCAAAUUCAUAAAUACCAAAGACAAGCCAUGCUGCACUGUUCCUUUCUGAAUGUGUAAUAUCGUAGCUUCACAGCUUUAAUAAAUCUGUUACGGCAUCA